AUGACUUCUGAGCGUGAGAGCAAGACGUUCCUCGCGAGGCUCUGCGAGCAGGCCGAGCGCUACGAUGAGAUGGUCGGGUACAUGAAGGAAGUCGCCAACAUUGGAGGCGAACUUACCGUCGACGAGCGUAACUUGCUCUCUGUUGCCUACAAGAACGUGGUCGGUACCCGUCGUGCCUCCUGGCGCAUCAUCUCCUCCAUUGAGCAGAAGGAGGAAUCCAAGGGCUCUGAGCAGCACGUUUCGAUCAUCCGUGACUACCGCCAGAAGAUCGAGACCGAGUUGGAGAAGGUUUGCCAGGAUGUCCUCGACGUUCUGGACGAGUCUCUCAUCCCCAAGGCCGAGACUGGCGAAUCCAAGGUCUUCUACUACAAGAUGAAGGGUGACUACCACCGUUACCUCGCUGAAUUCGCCUCUGGAAACAAGCGCAAGGUCGCUGCCACUGCCGCCCACGAUGCUUACAAGAAUGCUACCGAAGUUGCCCAGACCGAACUCACCCCCACCCACCCCAUCCGUCUCGGUCUCGCCCUUAACUUCUCCGUCUUCUACUACGAGAUCCUGAACUCGCCCGACCGUGCCUGCCACCUCGCCAAGCAGGCUUUCGAUGAUGCGAUCGCUGAGCUCGACUCGCUCUCCGAGGAAAGCUACCGCGACAGCACCUUGAUCAUGCAGCUCCUGCGUGACAACCUGACCUUGUGGACUUCUUCCGACGGCAAUGACGCCGACAGCGCCAAGGAGGAUAAGCCCGAAGAGGAGGCCGCACCCGCCCAGGAGGACAAGGGUGAGGAACCCAAGCCCGCUGCCGCCCCUGAGUCUUGA